GGUGGAUGCACCGUGCACUCGAUCAAGGCCGUUGCGCUGAAGGGUUGCAUCGCUAUCAUCGCACAUAAAAUGGCAUGGGGCGCCAGGUUUGAGUGCCGUUAACUACCAGCAAGUGAAGAUCAAAGAGCCAUCAGUCCUGGGAAAAUGGAGCCGAUACAGCUUGGAAUCCAUGUGGUGCAAUCCGUGAUAGCAUUGAUCAUUCUAGGGUGCUCAAUCUAUGGUGUCACUAUAGCAUCGACCACGACAGGCUUCGGGCUUGCUAUUUUCACGGCCAUUGCAACGAUCCUAGUUGCCAUCUACAUUCUUACCGCAUCUUUCAUUGCCAAGAGCAUCUACAAACUCUGGCUUCUCGUUGGAGCCAACUGUGUCACGGCGAUCUUUUGGAUUGCGACAAUUGGUACAUUGGCAUCACAACAACGCUGGAAUCAUGAAUGCCAAUACAAUCACGGUCAUUGCUAUAGGAAGCGCGAUGGACAUGACAGUCAUGGCGUGCACGCCGCAACGAUUGCGCUUAGCGUUAUUGACGGCCUCCUAUCGAUCGUUUCUAUUGGGUACAGUCUAUGGGCCAAAAAGAAUCACCGUACGAAGACUCCUGCAACUGAGUGAAAAGAUGAUUUGCAGUCAACAAGCCGCGAUAGCACAUUUCCAAGCUGUUGGCUGAGCUUAGAUUCAAUUUUUAAGAGAUUGAUGAGAAACGUAUAAACCAUGUGAAUAGUACCUGAGAUUGCCUGAACAAAUAAUGUAAACGAAUGCAAAUGAUAA